AUGGCUUUGCCAUACCACGUCCUCAAAGUGUGCUACGGCAUUGUUUUUGCCGCUCGCGGAAGUAACAUUCACUCAUUUGACUCCAACUUCAACCCCAUCUCAGUAUGGAAGUACCCCGUCAAGCAGCAAGAGACCAACGGAGAGAAGGCCGAGAGCGAGACCCCAGCUCCUAUUGUAGAAGCCGAAGAAUUACCCGCUCCAGAAGGCCCCCCUGCUAAGAAGAGGAAAGUGGAGGAUGGCGAGGUGGUAGCUGUCUCGGAAGAGAGCAAGGAGGAAUCCAAGGAGGACACCACUGAAGGUCAAACUGAGACCAAGACUGAAAGCCAGACCCAAGAAGUGAACAGACGCAGCAGGCGGCAAAAGCAGAAGCAAAAGACCGAGGGCGGAUGGGCGAAGAACAACAAGGCUGUCCUCGAGAAGCCCUUCGUCCAGGGCAUGUACCUCACCACCGACGGCCGUCAUCUCGUUGCCAUUACCGGGUCCGACAAGACCAUCUGGGUGUUUGAGCACGAUGGUGCCGGAAACCUCAAGCAGCUGAGCCAAAGAGCCAUGCCCAAGCGCCCUUGCGCCCUCGCCCUUACGCCCGACGAUAAGACCAUUCUCUCCGCCGACAAAUUCGGCGACGUCUUCUCCCUCCCUCUUCUCUUUACGCCUUCCGAGCCAACGGCUGCAGCUGCAGCUUCCACCAUUGCUUCCGAGGUCGCUACCCCCGAACCCACUCCCUCCGCCCCGGCCACUCCCGCUAUCCCUACUCCGCCCACCACCGACGUCGCCAAGGCCCAAUCCCUUUCUGUCAAGCCGCAAGCCAACGAGCUCACCGUGCACACGCUCCGUAACCUCAAGGCACUGGAGAACCAGAAGCGCUGCCUGGAGCGCCAGAAGGCGGCCAAGCUCGCCGCCGCCCUGCAGGCCUCGCAAUUCGAGCACACGCUCCAGCUGGGUCACGUCUCCAUGCUCACCUCGGUGGCCGUGGCCGUGCACCCCAGCCACCCCGGCCGGACGUACAUCAUCACGGCCGACAGGGACGAGCACAUCCGCGUGAGCCGGGGCAUCCCGCAGGCGCACGUAAUCGAGGGCUUUUUGUUGGGCCACGACGAGUUUGUGAGUCGAGUGUGCAUUCCCGAGGCGCGCAGGGAUGUGUUGAUCAGCGGCGGUGGUGAUGACGAUCUGUUUUUGUGGGAUUGGGUCAGCGCUAAGCUGCUGGGUAAGGCGCCGGUGUUGGCGGAGGUGAAGAAGGCGCUCCCGAGCGCUGAGGAUGCGGACAAGGUCACCAAAAUUGCGGUGACGAGGAUUUUCGAUGUUCAGCAGGGUGAAAAGACGCAGAUCUUUGUGAUUUGUGAACGCAUCCCCCUUCUUCUGAUUUAUACCCUCACCUCCGCCAACACCCUCCAACACACGCAAACCCUCUCGCUCCUCGGCAACCCGCUAGAUGUCGAGUAUCUCAAGGCCGAGUCUAAGCUCCUCGUGUCCAUUGAUCCCAAUACCUCGUCCGAAACCCAGGAGGAAGAAGCCAGUAACGGCGGUGUUUCUUCUAUCCUCGCUCUGUCAUUCGAUGAUUCCGAGUCGAGCUGGAAGGUGACUCCCGGUGGUCUGAAGGCCACGGAAGCGGCUGAGGAAGAAAGCAUCAGUUUGAGUCCCCAAGACUUGCAGAAGCUUUUGUAUACCACAGAGAGCUUGAGGAAGACGAAUAAAGAUGACGAGUAAGUUUGGAAGAAAUCACCGGAUAGAUAAAAUUGACUAGAGUAUACUUUAAGCCUACUCCGUAUGCGCUA